GAAGGGGCGGCGGGAGGAGCGGCAGCGGCCAGGCAGCCCAGCUUCGCGAAGGCUCUCAGGCGCGCCGCAGCCCGCAGGCACCCGGCAUGUGCCCGGCACGCUCCUGCCCCGCGUCACGAUGCCCAAGAGGAAGCUCAGCUCCGCCGAGGGGGCGGCGAAGGAGGAGCCCAAGAGGAGAUUGGCGAGGUUGUCAGCUAAACCGACUCCUGCAAAAGUGGAAAUGAAGCCAAAAAAGGCGGCAGGAAAGGAUAAAUCUUCAGACAAAAAAGUGCAAACAAAAGGGAAAAGGGGAGCAAAGGGAAAACAGGCUGAAGUGGCUGACCAAGAGACUAAAGAAGACUUACCUGCAGAAAAUGAAGAAACUAAAAACGAGGAGAGCCCAGCUUCUGAUGAAGCAGGAGAGAAAGAAGCCGUCUGAUUAAUAUCAGACACCUGGUCCUGUCAGUGGUCCCUGUCUCCCUUCUUGUACAAUCCAGAGGAAUAUUUUUAUCAACUAUUAUGUAAAUGCAAGUUUUUUAGUAGCUCUAGAAACAUUUAUAAAAAGGAGGGAAUCCCACCUCAUCCCAUUUUUUAAGUGUAAAUGCUUUUCUUUCAGAGGUGAGAUCAUUUGCUGGUUGUUUAUUUUUUGGUACAACCAGAAAAUAGUGGGAUAUUGAAUAUGGGAGGCUUUGAUUGUCUUGGGUGUCAGCUUAACAUUCCACAGAUGGAGGGUAGCUUUUCUAUCCUAUAAUACAAAGCAUACUAAAUGGCAGUUUGGAGUCAGUUUUGCAUUUAAUGUCUUAAACACUUUAAAUUACUUCUCUUCCCAUGUUGUUUUUGGUAGAAUUGUUUCCUAAAGCAAACCAUUCACCCCUUGAUCUUGGCUCUCCUCGGCAGAAUUUUGUGCACUCUGUUAACAUCUUUGGUCGUGGUAGUCCAGUUCUUCUAGUAACUGUUAAUGUGCUGUGAAUGAUUGACAAUUUGAGUAUGUAGUGUAUAUGAUAUUAAAUUGUGAAUUAGUGGGACUUAUGA